AUGUCCGACCCAGGUAUUUACACCAUUGGUUGGAUCUGCGCCAUCACCACAGAGUUUGUCGCUGCCAGAGCAUUCUUGGAUGAACAGCAUGACGCCCCACUAUCAAUCUCGCAGCAUGAUAAUAAUAGCUAUUCCCUUGGUCGUAUGGGAAGGCACAAUGUGGCCAUCGCAGCUCUGCCCAAGUCGGAAUAUGGCACCACAGCCGCAGCUACCGUCGCGAGAGAUAUGAUCCACAGUUUCCCGAAUCUCAAGGUUGGGCUUAUGGUUGGGAUAGGGGGUGGCGCUCCGAGCAAAACGCACGACAUUCGCCUUGGUGAUAUUGUCGUAGGGACUCGCGACAUAAACGCAGGUAAAGGAGGUGUGGUGCAGUACGACUAUGGCAAGACGAUACAAGACCGGAAAUUUUCCAUGACGGGAAGUUUGAACCAGCCUCCGCAGUCAUUGCUGACUGCCGUCAGCAGCCUUGAAGCCCGGCAUAUGAUGGAGGGCCACGACAUCAACAGCAAGAUUGAAAGAGUACUAGAGAAGUAUCCUCGUUUGAAGAAGAGCCAUCGUCGGCCCCCCGUUACCUCCGACAGGCUCUAUCUGCCGCACAUCACGCAUUCUCAGACAGACUUCUCAAACGAGCAUUGA